GGGCUGGCUUGCUCAGUUCUCCAUUUUGUAUGUUUUUUCCUGGAGGUUAGUUAGCGCCUACUUUCCAUAAUGGCUAGCUGCGACUCUCCAAAGCUCAAACCAGUUUAACGCAGUUUGCAUGCCAAUUUUCAGCUAGAUCACACAGGAAGAUUGAAAACUGAUAAAACACACUCGGCUUGUCGUGUUUGUGUCCUUCUAUCAAGCCAUGUAGCUUGGAUACGACGUGUGAGGAGCAACGUUAACAAACAUUGAAUCAGUGAUGCUGUUGUGAACUGUCUGCCACUUUCAACCAAAACAAUGUUGACAGAAGACCUGUGGACACAUGCCAACAAUCGGUCAUUUCAAGGAUGGAUAAAGGUGGAGUGAAGAAGAUAUCAUAUAGAAGAGAUGACCAUUUAAAUACAUUGGUCUACUCGGAAAGCCCUGAGGAGGGAGGUCUGUUGAAAGUGGCCCCUCACAGUGCCAUGUCCAUCACCUCUGCCACCUCAGUCAUUCUUUCAUCCAGCCCGUUGAUGAAGCCAGGACAGGUACCUAACGGCCUCAGCAAAAGCCCCCUUCCAGAAGAACUCACAUCCAUCACAGCCACUGUAGGCCCCCUGCCUGAAGACCCAGAGCCCAGGGGCCUGACCAAAGAUCAGAAGCUUCAGCAGCAACAGUUACUCCAGACCCAGACUUCCACUACGUUUGUGUGUCAAACCUUGAGGGAACAAUUGCCCCAGUUGGAGGCCAGUAUAGCAGACAAUACCCAGUCCUGCAUGGAUUCACUUAUUGGUGGAUCAGAUCCCAAUUUAUUCCACAUGAAAACAGAGGAUUUCUCCAUGGAAGAAAAAGGAGACCAGGAUCCCACUGACCUUGAUCAAGCCUUUGAUCACAUUGGAAAAGAUGUGGAAGUGAACCAGAAAUUUUUCAGCGACAACACUAUGGACCUACUCCAAGACUUCGAGCUCGUUGGGUCCCCGUCAGAUUUUUAUGUAGGGGAUGAGGCCUUCCUGUCCACUCUGGCAGACGAUUCUCUGCUGGGGGAUGUUAGCUCAGAGAGGGACAUAAAGCCUACGGUGGUUGAGAGCAUUAACGGCAGUGGGACAGUCUCUCUUGCUCUAAAUGGCAGCUAUAUGACUAGUCCAGAUCAGUCCACUGCUAGCAUAUCCACAACUGGCUCCUCAACCCCUACAACCACUUUGCCUGCGUUGGUGAAGAAAGGAAAAGAUACUGGCUUCAUUGAGCUCUGCACCCAAGGUGUGAUCAAACAGGAGAAGACAUCUGCAGGCCAGAGUUAUUGCCAAAUGAGCGGCAUGUCCUCACCAGACAUGCCCAGCUCUAACCCCAUCUCCAUCUGUGGGGUCAGCACUUCAGGAGGACAGAGUUACCACUUUGGAGUCAAGACAAGCAGCAAUGAAGCUCAGCAGCAGAAGGAUCUGAAGCUAGUGUCCAGCCUGUAUCUCCCAGUGACAACCAUUGGUGGGGCCUGGAACAGAAUCCAGAGUGUGGGGGACAACUCUGCAAUGGUCAGGGCCAGUGAGACUUUCUCAAGCUCUCCCUCUUACCCCACUUGCUUUGCCAGUCCUAACUCCAGACAGGAAGUGGUCCCAGCUAUAUCCUCAACACAGGGAAAGAGCGGGACUCAUAAGAUCUGCCUGGUGUGCUCUGACGAGGCUUCAGGCUGCCACUACGGCGUUCUCACCUGUGGCAGCUGCAAGGUCUUCUUCAAGAGAGCAGUGGAAGGGCAGCAUAAUUACCUGUGUGCUGGGAGGAACGACUGCAUAAUAGACAAGAUCAGGAGGAAGAACUGCCCAGCCUGCCGCUUUCGCAAGUGUCUAAUGGCAGGCAUGAACCUGGAAGCGCGCAAAACCAAGAAGUUAAAUCGUUUAAAGGGCACCCAGCAGAGCAACCCGCCGGAGCUGACUCCAUCUCCGCCAGUUGAGGCUCGCCCUCUUCUACCAAAGUGCAUGCCUCAACUUGUUCCCACAAUGUUGUCCCUGCUAAAGGCCAUCGAGCCAGACACCAUCUGCGCCGGCUACGACAACACCCUGCCCGACACCUCCACCCGCCUCAUGACCACGCUCAACAGGCUGGGCGGCCGGCAGGUCAUCUCUGCUGUCAAGUGGGCCAAGGCUCUGCCAGGGUUCAGGAACCUGCACCUGGACGACCAGAUGACUCUGCUUCAGUGCUCCUGGCUCUUCCUCAUGUCUUUCGGCCUGGGCUGGAGAUCUUAUCAGCAGUGCAACGGCAACAUGCUCUGCUUCGCACCAGACCUCGUCAUCAACGAGGAUCGGAUGAAGCUGCCCUACAUGGCCGACCAGUGCGAGCAGAUGCUAAAGAUUUCCAGCGAGUUUGUCCGGCUGCAGGUUUCCAACGAAGAGUAUUUGUGCAUGAAGGUCCUGCUGCUGCUCAGCACAGUGCCAAAGGACGGCCUGAAGAGCCAGGCAGUGUUUGACGAUAUCCGGAUGUCGUACAUUAAGGAGCUGGGGAAAGCCAUCGUGAAGCGCGAGGAGAACUCCAGCCAGAACUGGCAGCGUUUCUAUCAGCUCACCAAGCUGCUCGACUCAAUGCAUGAGAUGGUCGGUGGACUGCUCAGCUUCUGCUUCUACACCUUUGUGAACAAGUCCCUGAGUGUGGAGUUCCCGGAGAUGCUCGCAGAGAUCAUCAGCAACCAGUUGCCAAAAUUCAAGGCCGGAAGCGUCAAACCUCUCCUCUUCCAUCAGAGAUGACUGUGCCCCGUAAGAGACACAAUGCCUUAAAAUCCCACCACAUCACCUCACCGAUUUCUCCCCACCCCCCUUCCCCCCUUCCCUCCGAUCCCCCUGAAUAGCGACGAUGAAAGGACCGAGGAUCCGAGGCGAGGAGUGAACGAUGUUUGUGGGAGCGAGUGUGCAACCUUGUGUAGUGGCUCGCGUGUCUGGAGGGAGAGAGCAGAGGCGUUUGUAGAGAAACCAGACAGCAAGCACAUAGGUGUGUUUUUAAGUAGGAAAUGUUUGUAAGAUAAAAUGUAAUCAAAGAGAUAUAGGCUAACAUCAAUGUUGUCUCAGGUUUCUUACCUUCAAAACCAGAACGAUAUCGAAGAUAGAUAAAACAAAUAUCUAUAUAACAGGUUCUGAUAGUAUUUUCUAAAUUUCGAAAUUGUAACAGUUUAUACAGUUUUCCAGGUCGCUUAAUUAAUAACGUGCUCUUAAGUAGGCUUUUAGUAUGUUUACCGUAUGUUCCUUUAUUAGUUUUUAUAGUAGGUUGUAACAAAAUCGUAUCAGUCAUAUAGAAAGGAACUUCUGUUUUGCAGUCAUAUAAAAAGCAUAUUUUCUUUUUGCUUUGAUACCUUGGACGUAAGAAACAAUUCUGUUGGAUUGUUACUCGAUGGCAUUGUUAAAAGGCUGAUUUCUCCCACAUGCUGACCUCUUCCAGGUUUACACACGUCUAUUAUAAAAGGGAAAAAAAAUAUGUGCCUUUUUUGCUUCGAAUAUCAUCAAAGCCAUUUCUUUCUUCCUGUUCAAGCCGUGCUCUCUUUCACCCGUCAUGGUAUACCAUUAUCGUAUGUGGAUUGUACAUUUUACUUUACAUGCAGUUGCAAGUUUUCCUUUUCUUUGUUUUCAAUGGCUGUGUAAUCUUAAAAAGUGGCAGUUUGGCCCUUCUUCCGUGUGUAGAAAUGAUCCUCUCUGAACUUUAGGGCAGAUUAUUCAAAGUCUGCUUCUUUUCACGCCACAUCCCACACACUCAAUUCCUUAAGUGUGAUUCGGGCACUUUGUACCCUGCUAAAGGCUUUAAAAGACUGUGAAGAAUGACUGUUAUGCUGUACCAGUCUUUAAUACAUGACUUUAGAUGGAAGUCAUACAACGUUUUCUAUAGGAAAUAGCCGGCUUCAUUGAUGUUCAUUUUAGCCCCCCCUCCUGCCCCAACAGUCUAAUAAUGGAAUGUGGUAAAUACCUGCGUCUGUCAAUCAGAGAAGAGAGGACAUUUUAUAUUGUGUUUGCAGGAUUGUUAUUUUACAAUCAGGAUUUUGAAUCGGCAUAAACUCAUUUCUGUGGUUCUAACAUAGCUCGAACUGUUUGGAAAAUAACCGUCCUUCAGUUUUUUACUUCUUUUUACAGUCUGUUUUGUAAAACAGACAAACAUGCAGUUAUGAUUCUGCCACUGAUGAUCUUCUUCGAUACUAGAUGUCCACGCUUGCAAUAAGCAUCUGACUUUGAGUAUUUAAUUAUUGAAAGCUUUUGCAUUGUUGCCGUGCUGUAUAUCUUAAAGGAAUAGUUUAACAUUAUGGGAAAUGCGUUUGUUUUCUUGGGAGAUGAGAAGAUUGAUACCAUUCCCGGUGAAUAUGUAGCUGGAGGCAGCAGCCAAUUAGCUUAGCUUAGUAUAAAGCCUGAAAAUGAAGAACCAGUGAGCCUGGCUCUGUCCAGUGGUAACAACAUCUGCCUACCAGCACCUCAAAAGCUCAAUAAUACACAGGUUAUAUCUCGUUACUUUUCUCCAUACAAAACCCAAAGAGGAAAAACAACAAUUAACAGUUUUAUGGGGGGGGAGGAUUAUGUGCUGGAAUAUAUUUCUUGUAACUUUCCUGUAGUCUCCGCUGGUUGCCUGGCAACUGGUUGAGAAAUUAUCAGACACUUAACACCCAGUAAAACGCUUAGUUAAAAAAAAAUUAUUAUUCUGUUUUUGUGUUGAUUUAAAAAAAAAAGAAA